ACUGUUAGUUGGCGGAAUGAGGACGAGGAUGUGGUGGCCUCCCUCCCAAACAAAAGAAAGAUCACAAAAAAUUAAGUUAGAAGUUGACCCUCCCAGGCCACAAAGGCGAACAUGCUGGCGUGGCAUAGAGAUCUGGGAUACAUUAGAUAGAAAAUUUUUAUAUUUAUAUGACUGAGAAUAAAAGCGUGGCUCUAGAGCCUAUAACCACAUCCUCGUCCUCAUUCCGCCAACUAACA